AUGUCAGACCCACCCCCAGUCGCCACCUCGGAAGCAGUCUCGUCCCCCACCCCGCUGGACACCGCCGACAAGCUGGCUGAAGAACCUAUCCUCCACAAGAAGCAAAGCGGUAGCCAGGAUGACGAGGGGCUGGCGGAUGAUCUUGAGAAGAUGCUGGAGGAGCUGAAGGGGAGCGGAACAGAAGCAGAGAGGGCUGGAGAAGAAGAGGCGAAAAAGCAAGAGGAGGCAAUCGAGGCUCCGGAAUCUACCGACCUUUUCGAGGCAACUGAGAAAGCUCCCGGAACCAAGACAGAAGAGGAAUUCGCUGGACAAGCUGAACUGGCAACACAGGAAGAAGUGGUAGGAGAACCGCAGGCGGAGGCCGCAGUUGCAACAGUACCAGAGCCAGAGACGAAACUGGAAGUAGAAUCACCAGCUGGAACAAGAAAGGAAGUUGACCAAGAGGAGGAGAGUAUGGCAGAAUCCAGCGCGGCACUCGCGGUCGCUGUUCCUACAGCACACGAAGCCGAACCAGCCACUAGCAUUGAUCCCGCUGAGCUGGUGGCAAGGGACUUGGGCCUGGUAGAGAAGGAGGCUGUGGAAGUGCCAAUUGUGCCCGCGCCGGUGGCAUUAAACACUGAAGCUGUGGAAGCAUUCGACUCGAAGAAAGCGGAAGCAGAGAAGGAGGUCGAAGCGAAGCGGUCCAGCGUAGGGCCUGUUUAUGUGGCUGAAGAUGUUCCCGAGCCCUCCAAACGUGCUCUCGCACCAUCACCCAUUGAGAUCCCCAGCAAAGAAGCUUUGAACUCCCGCCAUGCUGCCGACGAUCUUCACGCCCCAGACUCGCCCACGACUUUCCUCAUUUCCUCCCUCCGCUCUCAACUCUUGUCCCUCUCCGACCAAACUCACGCCCUCAACGCCAAAUUGAUCGCGUCCAUCUCGCGUUCUGCCGACCUUGAGGACGAGCUACAUAAUGUACAAGACGAACAUGUGGCUCUCGGAGAAAAGGCCAAGUCCCUGGAGGAGCAGAGAGAUCGGUGGGAGGAUAGUAUGAAGACGGGGCUAUUGGUGGAAAGAGAUCAGAUCAGGGAUGAAAUGCAAAGGCUGGCAGCCGGGCUUGUCGAAGAGGAGCGACGAAGAGGAAGCGCCGAAGAGAGAAGAGAGCAGGUCGAGAACGAGGUUGAUGACUUGACCGCCAAGCUGUUUGACCAGGCCAACACUAUGGUGGCUAGUGAGCGAAUGUCUCGAGCACAGGCAGAGGCCCGCUUGAAGUCAACAGAAGAGAACUUGGCUAACGCCGAAGCUGUCGUUCAAGCCAUGCAGCUUCAGCUCCAGAACAUGUCCUCUUCGGCUCUCUCUGGACCCUCCGAGGAUUCGACAAAGUCAAAGAUUACGCGGAGAUUCAUCUCUUCCCACAUCCCGUACUCCGAAUUCCUCACAUUCCUGCAAUACCUCCGAGCUGCCAGACCUUUGCCUGACCAAUUGAGACUGGCGGCGGGACCCCCUCUCAUCACCAACCUCCUCACCCACAAUUUCGUGGCCAGGAUCUUGUCUGAAGACCAAGAACCCACUCUCCGUCUCGAAGCAGCUCCUGCCCUGAGCAUCUUUUCCCGACGCUCAGUGGGUGCAGCGAUCAUCUCGGGCGAUUUGGUCAUCGAACCCGUGUCUUUGCACCACGUUCUGACGAGCACGGGUGCCAAGUGGGAUGAUCUGUCUUGCAGCAUGUGCGGCAAGAAAGUUUUUGGCUUCAUCCCUCCCAGUCCUGCGCCUGGGGGCCACUUUGGUACACCCGUACCCCACCCUCAGCGCAGUAGCGCAUCAGGCGCAUCGCGCUUCUCCCUCAAACCCUUCUUCAACUCGUCCUCCACCCCUCCCCCUCCGGGCCCUUCACCAACCGCGUCUCCUCUCACAUCCCCUGCCCCUGGAUCAACAGUACACCACUCCACCGCUGUGUUCAUCUUCCGCAUCACUCGUUCUCAAGGCGGUGCUACCACCCCAUCAGGAGAGAAGGAAAAUUCCAAGCUGUAUCCGCUUUGUAAGAGCGGGUGGUGCUUGGAGAGGCUGAGGGCAACGUGUGAAUUGUGGCACUUUGUGAAGAAUGGGAUUGUACAUCAGGUUUGGGCGAGUGAAGAUGGUACUUUGACGGAAGUGACUACUGCUGUUGAGACUGUCGCCCCUGUUGCGCCUGCUGUAGAAGUUCCCCCGUCGUCUGUGGCUGCUCCGUCAGAAGCAUCGUCUACUGCCCCCGCCGCUGCAGAACACAUUCAGCCACCGCCCCUCCCCGCGCGCAAAAAGUCCUGGGGUCUUGGGCUUUGGCGUACAAGCGACUCUGCUUCUGACGCCCAAUCGCCCAAAGACGAAGACGGACUGGAUAAGAAGGACGAUGACCACUCGGAGGUGGGAAGCGUGGGUGCGGAGAAGGAUGAUGUCUACGGUCCGCAUAUCGUAGAAGAGGCGACGAGAAAGGCGGAGGAGAAGGAGAGGAAGGAGAAAGAGGAGAAGGAGCUGGCUGAGAGCGCGGUGGAAGGGAAGGCGAAGGCCGAAGAAGCUGUCCUCGAUGAAAGUGCAGUAGCAGAGGGAGAAGAGCCAAAGCCAGUAGAGAUGUCGCGAAACAACUCUGGCUCGGACGCUUCUUUCGCCACGCCGAAGAGCGAGGCUGCUGAACUCCCGCCUGUGGACGAGGCUUCUGUGGAGGAGGUGAAGGAAGAGACCGGACCGGAUGCCGAAGUUGAGAAGAAGGAAGAGGAGGCAGAGUCAAAGAAGGAACAAGUCAUUGACAUCACUACCCCUACCAUCUCUUCCACGCCCCAGCUUGGCGGCUCGCCUGUUACUCCCAUCGGGUCUACUCCUCCACCUGUACCCAAGAGGGCUGCUGCCCGCAACAGACUUUCGCAGCUUGGGGUCAGCAGUAACGGUGGGAGCACUUCUAGCUUGGUUGAAGAGACCAAGGAGAGUGAAAAGGUCGAAGAGACCGAGUCGAAGGAAGAUGGUUCCUCUGAGGAUAAGAAGUCCAUUCUGCCUCCGCCCCCUCAUCACCCCAAAACAUUCGCCAACUACCCACCUCCUCCUCCUCGUCGUGGUCUUUCCGAUGCGCCUCUUGCGCCUCCCCCUCGCCGCCGUGUACAUUCUCAACAGGCGGUAGCGGAAGCGGAGGAGAAGAAGGACAAGACGUUCUGUGCCGAUGGGAGUCAGGAGGGGCAGAAGGAGAGCUGGGAGGAGAAGACGUGGAAGGGGGUGGUGAGGCUGAAAGAAAACAUGUGGAAAGCCAGAGUGGGGGUUGUCGACGAGGAGUAG